GCAGUUCGGGAGCGCGCGAUGCAAGCCGCCCGGUGGGAGGGUGCAGGAGCGCGCGUCGGCGUCGGCGCCAGAGCCCCAGGCGGUCGGGAGCGCGCCUUUUCCCAUCGCUGAUCAGCCCUGGGUCUCGCGGGUGGCGGUUGGUCUCGCAGGCUCCAGCCGGUGGAGCCAUGAGCUCGGAGCGGUCAGCGCCGGCUGGUUCCCCUGCCCCUCCGUGCUCAGAGCCAGAGGCCGGGGCGGCCGAUUACCGGGACUGGGUGAGGCGCAGUUACCUGGAGCUGGUCUCCUCGAACCACCACUCGGUGCAGGCUCUCUCCUGGAGGAAGCUCUACCUCAGCCGGGCCAAGCUCAAAGCAUCGAGCCGCACGUCGGCUCUCCUGUCGGGGUUCGCCAUGGUUGCCAUGGUUGAAGUGCAGCUGGAGAUGCAGUACAACUAUCCCAAGUUUCUGCUCAUUGCUUUCAGUGCCUGCACAACAGUACUGGUUGCUGUCCACCUCUUUGCCCUCCUGAUCAGCACAUGCAUCCUUCCUAACGUGGAAGCCGUCAGCAACAUUCACAAUCUCAAUUCUGUCAACGAGUCGCCCCAUGAGCGCAUGCACUACUAUAUCGAGCUAGCUUGGGGUUUCUCAACUGCACUCGGCAUUUUACUGUUUCUCACGGAGGUGGUACUGCUUUGCUGGAUCAAGUUUCUACCGGUAGACAAAGCUGUGAUGAAUGAUGAGGAAACUGGUCCAGUCCAGGCAGGAAAUGGACACACUGGGUGGAAUGCAGCUUUGGCAUCCACUAUCAUCAUGGUGCCUGUGGGCCUUAUUUUUGUGAUUUUCACAAUACACUUUUACCGUUCACUGGUAGGGCAUAAAACAGAGCGCCACAAUCAAGAGAUUGAAGAGCUGCAUAAACUGAAAGUGCAACUGGAUGGUCAUGACCGGGUCCUGCAAAUGGUUUGAAACAGUUGAAAAUGACAAAAAUAAAAGAUUUAAUUCCUCGACCAUCCUGGGAUCUGGGCUUCUACAGAAGCUCUCAUUGCAAGUGCCAAGUGGCCGCGUGUUUAUUCAGGAAUCCAGGUUUACAGCUGUGGCUUUUAGUUAUCUUCGUGGUUACAGCACUUGCUGCAUUGUCUAAUGAAAAAAUAUACCAAGGCUCAUGCAACUUUCUCACUUACCAAAUUGAGAUGUAAAACUAGAAAUCUGAGGUUAUCCAAAAAUGCUUCAGAUUACACAGAUACUACACCAACUGCUGAUGCAGUAUGAUUUGAACUAAAAGGAUGCUGAUUUUGUUUUUAAUGUGUAAUUCCUUACAGGCGUAAAAACCGAGCUAUCACUCCAGAUUGAAAUGGAUGAAGAAAUGUUGUUCAAUGCCAGGUUUUCCCGAAUGCUUGUAUGUUUUUUAACAGUACAAAAGUGAAUGCAGGUCAGGAGUUUGGCAGAAGGACUAGGUGAUGGAUUUAAUAACUAGGAAAACUGAAUGGAAGAUCCAGAAAUGAGCUUACGGAAUAGUGUUUGGCCUGUUUGUCGAAUAUGGAAACUUAUCACUGUAAAUUCUUCCCCUCCCUAUUCUACACCAAAAUUGCUAAUAGUGUUUUUUAUAAGUAUGAAAACAAAACCAGCUUUUGUUUUCUCUGGGUUCUUGCAGGUGUAAACGAUACCCAACGUUGCUCCCAACUGGUCUGAAGAGAAUUAUAGUGAAAUAGGGCUGCUACUUGAUCUCUGCUUUGCAGCAUUACUGCUUUGAGCUAAUGGUAUCAAGAGCUGGCUGGAAUGCAGACCCAGCCUGUGCUCCUUAUUUCAUGGCAAGGUUUACUAAUGCUGCAUUGUGAUGUGCCAUAGUGCCUCCAUUUUAUUUAUUAACAAUAAGUGAUUCAAAUCUUGACAUGAAUCACCUCUACUGUGAUGCCCCAGAUAAUGAUGCAUAGGGUGUCCACUGUUCUGAUCACAGCAAAUAAUGUCACCGCUGAUGUGGAUUGAAAUGGAGGCCUGUUGUCUGUUAUAUCCCUUGACAGAAAGGACAAUUGCUCAUGACAAAAAAGGGGAAAUAUUUUCUGAUGUAAAUUUAAAUCCAGCUGUGGGCUAUUUGGACAUUGCUUACUUAAUUUGUAUUCAUGGGAUUGUCCUGCACUGGAGAGCUUAGCCCUUUAUUCAGUUAAAAUUUGAAGUCUUUUAAAAAAUGUCUUAAUAUCAGAGGUGCCAGUAGUUAUUAGCUAAAUUUGCACUGCUGCCUCUCAGGUUCCCAGCUUCGGGCAACUGUCUGUAUGGAGUUUGCACAUUCUUCCUGUGUCUGUGUGGGUUUCCUCCGGGUCCUCCGGUUUCCUCCCACAUUUCAAAGAUGUGCACCUUAGGUGAAUUGGCCAUGCUAAAUUGCCCAUAGUGCCCGGUGCAUUAGGCAGAGGGAAAUGGGUCUGGGUGGGUUGCUCUUCAUAGGGUUAGUGUGGACUGGUUGGGCCAAAGGGCCUGUUUCCACACUGUAGGGAAUCUAAUCUAAUCUAAAAUUAGAUAUCACUUAAAAUAUGAGUUACAAGAAUAAAGGUGAUAUUUUCUUGUAUGGGCUUUUAGUAAAUCUGGAGUAUUUAAAAGCGGCCAGUUUGAAUUAUGAAUACAAAAAAAAAUCAAAAUGUGCCCAUUUCAGACCCUAUCUGUAUCAGCUGCCUUUUUCAGAGGGUAUGAGCUGAUUAUGAAAAUUGGUGACAUUUUAUUGUUGAGUCUGACGUGGACUGAAUGGCCUUUCUGUGCCGUAAUGAAACUAUCACUGAUUUGUGCUAAGUGUUCUUUUUGAACUGAUCCAGCAUUUAGUCUUGAAAUGUUUAAUUCCUGAUGAAUAAUCCCUUUUGAAAGGGAGAGAUUUGGCUAGUAAGAGCAAUUUCUAUCUCAAAUUUCCAGGAGGAAAUUUGGCUGUAGCAUCCAUACUUCUCAGUCAGGGUUCAGGAGAGAUGGAAAUCUGUCAGUUGGACUGUACACAUUGCAAAAUAGAAAUUUUGAGGGCUAUGAAUUCAGCCCUGUUGCACACAUCAAAUGAGACCAAUUGUUGCACGUUUGCUGUUUUGAUGUUUACUUGUACAGCUUUUAUGUGCUUAACUACAAUUGUGGCCUUUUUACUGAAACUUUUAACUUCAUCUGCUUUGAUAUGCAACUAUUUGUGUUUCUUUUAAUGCAUUAUUGUAUUCUGUUCCUUGGAUCAGGCAGCAUGUAAUCAUUUCUUAAGCUUUCUGUGUACAAUGUAUUGCCAACUUUAUGUUUCAUAUGUGAACACCUAAUUGUCUUAAAUCUUUGAGGUCAAAAACUUCUGUUACUUGGAUUGGAGAGCACUGAAGUGUGCCCUGUACUUUAUUAUAAAGCUUAUAGUUACAGUAACUUGUAAGACAGGUACAGUUGGUAUCCUGUCUGAAUUCUGGACAAACAAAGAUUUUGUCUUUUUUAAAACAAAUUUUCUCUUGUACAGUACUUUAUUUACUAUUUUCUGCUAGCAAACUUUGUACAUACUUUGUAUGUGGUACCAUUAUUGUUUUGCUACCUUGGCAAUUUGUCCUGUAGCUGUUGGAGAAUUUAAAGUUACAUUUCAGACAAAGUAUCGCAAAAUAAAUU